AUGUCCACCAAGCUUCGCAUUGCCAUCGGCGGCGACGAUGCCGGUUUCUCAUACCAGUCCAUCAUCUCGCGCGACUUGGCCUCUGACCCCCGCGUCGCCCAAGUCAUCCAGGUCGGCCCAGCUUCAGAGUCCGACAAGACGGCCUACUCGACCUUUGCCAUUGCCGCCGCCGAAGCGGUGGCCAAUGGUACCGCCGACCGUGCGAUUCUGAUCUGCGGCACCGGACUCGGGGUGGCCAUUGCUGCCAACAAGGUUCCUGGUGUGCGCGCGGUGACGGCGCAUGAUAGCUUUUCUGUCGAGAGGGCGGUGUUGAGCAAUAAUGCGCAGGUGCUGUGCCUGGGCCAGAGGGUUAUUGGCGUCGAGCUUGCGAGAAGGCUUGUAAAAGAAUGGUUGGGCUACACAUUUGAUCCUGUGAGUUCCGCUCCUUCCGCCCAUUUGCUGCGUGCGCUCAUGUUUUUCCCUACUCGGCGUCGGCGGACAAGGUCAGAGUUAUUGAUGAGUAUGAUGCGAAGGUCUUAA